AUGGAGCUGCCAGACGACAAAUUCAUGACGGAGAUUGGAUUUAAUAAUCAAGCUGGUAAAGAUCGAGUCAACAUGGCGAAUUGGCUCUACGACGCCGUGCCCGGUGACGACGAGAAGAAGUUAUCCACGUAUACAAUUCGGGUCAUGUACGAGGCUGCAAGUGGCCUCCAGGUCGACUUUGAGAUGUUCCAAUGGUUCCAUGACUUCUUUGAGGAUUGGAAGAUUGAGGACUUCAACCGUCUAGAUAAGACAACAAGAACCAAGUUGAAGGACUUCCUUUUAUGGCGUGGCGUGUACGUUGACCACACGAAUAGGAAGACCAUCCCAAUGGCGUUGAUGGAAUUAUUGGAGAUGGAAGACCCUCUUGAAUGGCCUGAGAAGGCUCUACAAAAGAGGACUUUCCACCCUCGGUCGAAGAUAGCCUCACGACACCAUGAACAGACAGCAACCACCUAUAUCAAGGAGUCAAGGAUUGUCAAUGAUACCCACAUGGUGCCAUCUAUCGAAGAAGAAGACGAGGGUAUUCAUAAAGAAACACCUUCUAAGGUGCCAAAUCAGGUGAUUCAAGACCAUGUUCAAUCGCCAUUAAGAUCGGUACAAGACAUCUCAAGAUUUACACCUGAAACAGGUGCAAAUGCAAUACCAGUCAUGACACCAAGUCACAGCCAAGUCAAGAUAUCCGCGAUACCUACCUCUUCAGUGCCACUCCAAGCAAGAUCAUUGGAUCCGUACACCAAGGUGCCACCCGACGAAUAUGGACGUCAACCUGUUGAUUCUCAGUUGGCCAUGAAGUUCACCAAAGCAUGGGAUAAGACGAAGAAUUAUUCAGGAGAGCUUUACGAUAUCCUAGAUGACAAAGUUCGAAUCUUCUUACGACUAUGCCGGUUGACAGAAAUCCAGUUGAGUCAAUGCUGGGCCGUCUUUCCCGAGAUGCUUUCUGGCAGAGCAGAAACUUAUUACAUGCACCACGUCAAUCCUGAUGCAUCAUUUGCACAGAUGUAUUGGGCAAUAAAGAGCUACUUUGACACGGAGUCAAAUCACGCUCUCUACUACCAGGAUUGGACGUCGAUCACCCUGGUCGACGUGCGUCGUGAGAACACAGGGAAGACACUGCCAGAAGCAGUAGAAAUCUUAGUAGAAAAACUGCAUCUAUGCCAACGUGCGUUGGGACCGCAUUAUAUGUCCCCUGAACAUCUUGUAUCAGCCAUCAUAAGGGCAUGUCAAGGAUCGCCAGAAAUGAGCGAGGUCCUCAGUGAACCAACGACGAAGUUUGAAACACUGGUAUCACGACUUCGUGCAAGGGCUGCUAUUAUGCAAAAGAAGGAAGCAGCUGGUCAAUAUCUUGCUGAAUCUAACAACGUGCCAUCAACGCACUUCACCGACAGGAAGUACGUUGGAAAGACCAGUCGAGGGAAUCGCCCGCCACCUCAGAGAUCGUGGCGACGCCAAAACCGUCAAGAUAAUGGCUCUCGACAACGACGUGACGGCCGAUGUUGGAUAUGUAAUAAACCAGAUUGUCGAUCUUACAACCACUCAGAGAAGGAACGAAGUGAGGCGAGGGAGCGAUUUGACAGGUAUCGCCACGCUGAGGGCAAAGCCAAUGCCUCGGACAAGACAUAUCGCGCGUUUCUAAUGGACUUCGAAGCCGGUUAUAAUAUCACGUCGGACAGCGAGGACGAGGAAGAAGCCGACGAUAAUGACGAGGAUGAAGCAACAGCGUACUUUAUGGUUGGACAACUGCAAGAUCAGGCGUUCUUACACUGGAUAACGGGCGAGGAGACUGAGCAAGAUAACCCCCCUACCAUUGCUUCUCAAUUCGUGAUAGACCGACAUGACAGUGAGAUUUUCCAUGGAAUCUUACCUGACACAGGAGCAGCGAGAGUAUCGACGGUUGGAAGACGUCAACUCACCGCUUUACAAAAGAUCUAUCCAGGGAUCAUGGUCGAUGAAUCUCGUGCAGGAGAGCACUCAAUUCGAUUUGGUCAAGGGGAUAGCGUUGACUCUGAGGGAGCUGUUACCAUAAAGACCCCAAUUGGCGAUGUCGAUUUCCAUGUUAUGAAUACACCGACCCCAUUCUUACUUUGCAUUGCUGAUAUGGAUCGCCACGAAGCUUAUCUUGACAACACCACCAACUGCUUGGUCAAGGGAGACUUGAGAGUGCCAAUUGUCCGGAAAUGGGGACACCCUUGGUUCUUCCUAGACAAUAAUCAUACACCAGUAACAUUCUUAACAGAAGUGGAAAUGAGACGCCUUCAUCGACGAUUUGGUCACCCAAGCGUUGACCGAUUGCACAAACUCUUAGAGCAAGCCGGUCAUGACGACGUUGACCACAAAUCUCUUGCUGAGAUCGAGAGGUAUUGUCACCACUGCCAAAUGAAUCGGCAGGCCCCUCGACGAUUCAAAUUUACGUUGACCGACGAUCAAGAAUUCAACUUUGAGAUCGUCGUUGAUGUCAUGUAUCUGGAUGGCGAACCGGUCCUCCACGUCGUCGACUCGGCGACGUCCUUCCAAGCCGCCAAAUUCUUGAAAUCUCUGUCCGCUAAAGACACUUGGGAAGCAAUCCGUAUGACAUGGAUUGACACCUAUCUUGGUCCACCAGACGUCAUCUCGCACGAUGCUGGAACCAACUUUGCCGCUAAUGAAUUCAAAGUGGAGGCAAUGAUGAUGGGAAUUCGAUGCCAUCAAAUGCCAGUUGAAGCACACUCCGGGAUUGGAAAGGUUGAACGAUAUCACGCACCGCUGCGCCGUGCAUUUAACAUUAUUUCAGCAGAGAUGGGAAGCACUGUGAGCAAGGAUGUGGUUCUGCAAAUGGCUGUGAAAGCCAUCAACGAUACGGCAGGACCAGAUGGAAUUGUGCCUACCGUCCUAGUUUUUGGGGCAUAUCCACGCCUAACUUUAGAUUCACCACCGUCUGCUCUGACGAUUAGACGUGCCCAGGCGAUGAAAAAAGCAAUGGCCGAAUUAAGAAAGGCAGUGGCUGAGAGGAAAGUCAAUGACGCGCUAAACACUAGGAACGGUCCGAUAAUCACAGAGACACUCAACCUCCCCCCGGGGGCCGAUGUCAAAGUUUGGCGAGAAGGCAAGGGUUGGACAGGCCCACAUAAACUCAUCUCAGUAAAUGGUCAUGACGUGACAGUCGAUCUUGGUAAUGGUGCUGUCGCUUUCCGGGCAACGUCAGUCCAGCAGUAUCUCCGAGAUCAAAGAGAGACAGAUGAUGGAAUCCACGUCCCUGAACCACCCGUGACACCUCCACCUCCACGACGUCGAGGACGACCACGAGGAUCCAAGAACAAGCAAAAAGCGGAUGUCAACGUAUACCUAUCGAAGAAAGAGAAGGGCGACCUUGAACUCGCGCUCAAAUUGAGACGAGAAGGAAAGAUUGUGACAGAAGGUGCCCCAUUCGAACUUUCAAGCGUUGCAGAGAUCGAUGGCCUGAUUGCAAACGGGACGUUCAAAAUCGUCCACCGAGACGAUGUGAACCUCAGAGAUCUCCGCAUUUUCAACUCCCGCUUGGUUAAUGAGAUCAAGGGGAAGAAUGAGAUCCCAUAUGAGAAAUCACGCCUAGUCAUCCAAGGAUAUAAUGACGCUGGGAAAGCUGGGAUCCUGACCCAAGCGCCAACAAUUCAACGGGCCAGCCAGAGGCUGUUAAUAUCCCUUAUCCCCACUUUGCUGAGUAUGGAUAUGGUUGUGGAGAUCCGUGAUAUCACACAAGCGUACACACAGGCCAAGACAAAGUUGCAACGUAUUAUCGUUGCCAACCUGCCCAAAGAAAUGAGGGGUAAAUAUCCACUAGACUCACUACUGUUGGUAGAAGGAGCUUUGUAUGGCAUUCCCGAAGCUGGCGUUCAUUGGUUUGGCACCUACCACGAGCAUCAUAAGGUGAAAAUGGACAUGGAGACUUCUACGUACGAUCCAUGUCUACUCGUGACAAAACCAGGCGCUGAGAGCUUCGGCCUGGUGGGCAUGCAGACUGAUGACACACUCAUCAUCGCAACAGAAAAGUUUGCCAGGGGUGAGGAGCGAGCACUACAGGAAGCGGGAUUCAAAGCCAAACCCAAAACCCAAUUGUCGCAGGAUACUCCUUUGGAAUUCAAUGGCGCAAGGAUUAUUUUAGAGCAGGACAACGUCUUCAUGCGGCAAAAAGGACAAGCGACAAAGAUAGAGCCGGUUGGAACAACAGAUCGCGCGCAGAAGUACAUUGAGCAACGAGCACGAGGGGCUUACCUCGCGUCUAUCUGCCAACCAGAGGCUUCUUAUGAUCUCGCCGUCGCGGCCCAGCUGCAGGAGAAGGAUCGAUCCGAAGACGACUAUUUGGCAUUGAAUAAACGCCUUAUAUGGCAAGCCGAGAAUCCCGAACGAGGUCUUAGAUUCAUCCCCCUCGAUUUGACAAAGGCAAAGAUCAUGAUCUUUACAGAUGGAUCCUUCGCGAAUAACCGAGAUUUGACUUCCCAGAUUGGUUUUCUAAUCGCUAUGGUCAACGAAGAAUUUUCUGAGGAAGGACGCUUUAUUGCCACCGGUAACAUAAUCCAUUGGGCUUCGUCAAAGUGCAAGCGUGUAACCCGGAGCGUUCUCGCCUCGGAGAUCUAUGGGUUAACAACUGGAUUUGACCAUGGAAUUACAUUGGCAAGUACCAUCAAGAUGAUCACGGACCGCCUCAAUUUACCUACAAUCCCAGUUGUGGUUUGCACCGAUAGCUACUCGCUAUAUGAGUGCCUCGUCAAGUUAGGAACCACAAAGGAAAAGCGCCUCAUGAUCGACCUUAUGGCGCUCCGUCAGUCAUACGAGAAACGGGAAAUAGAUGAAAUCCGCUGGAUCCAUGGAGACGAUAAUCCCGCGGAUGCUUUCACAAAGGCGAACCCAAAUGGGGCCCUAUGGGACUUCAUUGACAAGAAUAAGUUGACGAUUCGUGUGGAAGGAUUUGUGGAAAGGACCAAGCAGGAUUAG